UCAACUGGGAUGAAGAGCAGUGGGACAGCACAGAUCAGUCAGUGUGAAGAAGCGACCACACAAGUCAAAGGCAUACAGUCGUUGAGCUCUUAGGAGCCAACUCUUUUCUCUUAUUGUUGGGGACCCCGCCAUUCAACAGCCAGGAUGGCUCGGGAUAUGUCAGAUAAGGAAAUCCUGAAAAUGGAGCUUGAACAGUUGAAGAAGGAAGUUAGCACAGCUAGGACACCAGUGGGUGCAAACUGUGCAGAAACCAUUGCUUUUGUUGAGGAGAUGUUACCAAAUGACCCGCUGAUUAAGGGCGUUCCAGAUGACAAGAACCCCUACAAGGGAGACAAGGGAGGCUGUAUAAUAACAUAGCAUAUAGACAUCCAGGGAAAAGUCACAAUGUUUUUUAUGAGAGCCGGUUACAUUUCUGUAAUGUUCCUGUAGAAUUCUUGUGAAUAAAAUGUACAGUGGUAAGAAAACUAAGAUCUGUAAUGUUAUUGCAACCAGUAGCGAGACCCUUUUCCAUCACUGGAUGUACCUGUUAAUAUAAAAAUGUUUCUUUGUGAAUUUGUAAUUAAAUUCAAAUAGCUGUGCAAAGCUUUCACCUGA